AUGGGUCGGGUCGUCACAAUAUAUCAUUUGGAAAAGAAUCUAAAGCAAAGAAGAGUGAGAAACACUGUACUAAACCUCUUUCAAAGUGCUGCAAGAGUAUACCUUCAAUCAGAAUUUGAUGACUUCAUGUCCCAAAUAGCUGCUGUUGAUAAGAAAACAUUCAAUUAUUUGAUGGAGGAACCACCAGGAAGAUGGGUUCGUUCACAUUGUCCAAGACGACGAUAUGAUAUGUUAACAACAAAUAUUGUUGAGUCUAUGAAUAAUGUUUUGAGACGUGCAAGAGAAUUGCCACUUUUAACAAUGAUGGACUUCAUACAAGAAAAACUGCAAAGCUGGUUUUAUGAAAGAAGGAGAACUGCAGAAGGAAUAUUCCGCGAGUUAUCAAAUUGGGCAGAAGCAACAUUGGAAGAUAUAAUUAAACCAGCUUUUACAUUUAGAGUAUUGCCCAUUGAUCGACUCAAAUUCAAUGUCCAAGAAGGGGGUAUGGAAUUUAUUGUUGAUCUAGACAAAAGAACAUGUGAUUGUUCUGAAUUUCAGCUCGAUGAGAUACCGUGUGAACAUGCAAUUGAUAGUAUAUAUCAGAAAAAAUCAGCCUUUUGCUCAGCCUAUUAUUCAAGGGACUUUUGGUUGAAAACAUAUGAAGGGCAAGUAAAUUCAAUAGGUGAUUCAACAACAUGGGUUAUACCAGACAAUAUUAAAUCGGUAAUCACUAAGCCUCCAGAUGCAAAAGUAAUGCUAGGAAGAAGACAGAAGAAUCGACAUGUUUUCGGUACAGAAUUCAAGAAGGAAACAAGAUGUGGUCGUUGCAAAAAAUAUGGGCAUAACAGAACAAAUUGUACAAAUUCUGCUGUAGCUCAUCCUUAUGCAAGAAAAUACAGGAAAAAAAUGAUUGAUUAUAUACAAUAUGGUUGCAUUGGCUCAUGUGAUUAUAUACAAUAUGGUUGCAUUCAGAAAAAUUAG